UGUGUGUGUGUACCCUGUAAUUCAGUUAAGGAUCAACACCUGUUGGGAACAUCUUUAAGACACAGAUUUAUUUAAUAAGAACUGACUAUUUGCAUGAAUACAGAAUGCUGUUGUUUUCAAAUACAAUCCCCAAACAUGCUUCUAAAGGGUCCAUUCCAGAGGUGCAAUUCAGCUUUUCUCGUAUUUCUUAAUCUUAACUGUUGAUUUGCCUCCAAAAUAAUCGUGUCCACCGUAACUAAACCUUAUAGGAAUCACAGCAUCGCAGGAAAUGGAUGAAAUAACGGGUGCAACGCUGCUCACUCGUCAGGUAGGCGUGCGUCACCCUGCUGGUGAAGCGCUCCUUCCGCCGCACGGAUGGAUGUUUCGCUGCGGACUCUGCGCGCUCUGCUCUCCGUCGUGGCACCGAGUCACCGCGCUAGAAAUGGACGCGCCGACUUUCUGAAAUCAAGGCACGCGGAAUUGGAGGAACUUUUUUUUUUUCUUUUUUUCCUUCUCCGCCGUUUUCUCUUCUUCCGAUCGCCAACUGCACCCCUCGUGUAGAUACUCGGAUGAGAAGCAGCCUGAUGGAAGUCGCUCCCGCGUUUCUGUUCCUGCUGUGCGCGCUGCGCGUCUCUCCGGCGGCUGAUUGGGAGUUUGCGGAUUUGACCUCCCUCGGUGAUGGAAUCGACUACAAAGAUCCCUGUAAAGCUGCUGCCUUUUUGGGAGACAUCGCCCUCGAUGAAGAAGACCUGCAUCUCAUGUUCAGAGAAGCAGACGGCGGCGACGGGGCCCGCGUCAACCACACCGACUCAGUGAACGGUUCCUCUUCCCAUGAGAGCGUCCGGAGCAGGAGAGCGGCAGACAGACGGAGUCUCCGUCGUUGGAGGAGAGCGGCCACCUCCAGGCCCGAGCGAGUGUGGACGGACGGCAUCAUCCCUUACGUCAUCAGCGGGAAUUUCACCGGCAGUCAGAGAGCGAUUUUCCGUCAGGCGAUGCGUCACUGGGAGAAACACACUUGUGUAACCUUCACUGAGAGGACGACUGAAGAGAGCUACAUUGUGUUCACCUACCGACCUUGUGGGUGCUGCUCCUACGUGGGGAGGAGAGGCGGCGGCCCUCAGGCCAUCUCCAUCGGAAAGAACUGCGAUAAGUUCGGCAUUGUGGUGCAUGAACUCGGCCACGUCAUCGGCUUCUGGCACGAACACACACGUCCGGACCGAGACGAGCAUGUAAGCAUCAUCAGAGACAACAUCCAACCAGGACAGGAGUAUAACUUCCAUAAGAUGGACUGGGACGAGGUCGACUCACUCGGGGAGGUGUACGACUUUGGCAGCAUAAUGCAUUACGCGAGGAAUACAUUUUCCAGAGGCAUCUUCUUGGACACAAUCUCGCCCCGUUAUGACGUCAAUGGAGUCAGGCCGCCUAUCGGACAGAGGACCAGGCUCAGCAAAGGCGACAUUGCGCAAGCCCGCAAACUCUACAAGUGUGCAAGGUGUGGGGAAAGCCUGCAGGAAAGUGCUGGAAACUUCUCUUCUUCCGGUUAUCCGAACGGUUACUCGGCUUAUGCCCACUGCGUCUGGAGGAUUUCAGUCACCCCCGGAGAGAAGAUUGUUCUGAAUUUCACUUCCAUGGACCUCUUCCGGAGUCACUUGUGUUGGUACGACCACGUGGAGGUGCGAGACGGGUCCUGCAGGAAGGCUCCUCUGACAGGCCGCUUUUGUGGAGACACACUCCCGGACCCGAUCGUCUCCACUGACAGUCGACUGUGGAUUGAAUUCAGAAGCAGCAGCAGCUGGUCGGGCAAAGGCUUCGCCGCUGUCUAUGAAGCCGUCUGUGGGGGGGAGGUGAACCGGGACAGCGGCCAGAUCCAGUCCCCCAACUACCCCGAUGACUACCAGUCCAACAAAGUGUGUGUGUGGAAGAUCACGGUGGCAGAAGGUUUCAAUGUCGGCCUCUCCUUCCAGUCGUUUGAGAUUGAGAGGCACGACGGCUGCGCCUACGACUACGUGGAGGUGAGGGACGGCGGCUCGGUCAGCGGCCCGCUGCUCGGACGUUUCUGCGACCACAACAAGCCCGACGACAUCAAAAGCAGCUCCAACGUGCUGUGGCUGAAGUUCGUGUCCGACAGCUCGGUCAACAAAGCCGGGUUCGCCGCAAGCUUUUUUAAAGAGAUGGACGAGUGCUCGGGGCCCGACAACGGCCACUGCGAGCAGCGCUGCCUGAACACACUGGGCAGCUACAGAUGUGCAUGUGACCCUGGAUACGAGCUGGCGGCCGACAGACGCAGCUGUGAGACAGCUGCGUGCGGCGGCUUCGUCACCAAGCUGAAUGGCUCCCUCUCCACCCCCGGGUGGCCCAAAGAAUACCCCCCCAACAAGAACUGCGUGUGGCAGCUGGUGGCGCCCAUUCAGUACCGCAUCACCCUGGUGUUUGAUGUGUUCGAGACCGAAGGGAAUGACGUAUGUAAAUACGAUUAUGUGGAGGUGCGCAGUGGGUUGAGUUCCGACUCUGAGCUUCAUGGGAAGUUCUGCGGAGCGGAGAAGCCGGAGGUCAUCACCUCCCAACAGAACAACAUGCGGGUCGAGUUCAAGUCUGACAACACCGUCUCCAAGACGGGUUUCAAGGCUCACUUCUUCUCUGAUGUCGACGAGUGCUCCAAAGAAAACGGAGGAUGCCAGCACGAGUGCGUGAACACCUUCGGGAGCUACAGUUGUCAGUGCCGCAGCGGCUUCAUGCUGCACGAUAACAAGCACGACUGCAAGGAAGCGGGCUGCGAUCACGCCGUAAGCACCGUGUCCGGCACCAUGAGCAGCCCCAACUGGCCUGGCAGGUAUCCCAGCAAGAAGGCCUGCACCUGGUCUCUGUCGACGACCCCGGGCCAUCGGAUCAAACUGGUUUUCAACGAGAUUGACAUGGAGGCCCAUCUGGAGUGCACCUACGACCACCUGGAGGUGUACGACGGGCGGGACUCGCGCGCCACGAGUCUCGGCCGCUUCUGUGGCACCAAAAAACCUUCCCCGGUCGUCUCCACUGGCAACAGAAUGUUCCUGCGUUUUUUCUCGGACAACUCGGUGCAGAAGAGGGGCUUUGAGGCUUCAUACAGACCAGAAUGUGGAGGUAGCCUGAAAGCCGAGGUCAAGACAAAAGAUCUCUACUCUCAUGCCCAGUUUGGAGAUAACAACUACCCGGCCGGCUCCGACUGCCUCUGGGUGCUCUCUGCCGAGAAGGGCUACGGGGUGGAGAUCAUCUUCCAUGUGUUCGAGAUGGAGCAGGAGGCAGACUGUCGCUAUGAUUACGUGGAGCUGUAUGACGGCGCUGACACCAAGUCUCCGAGGCUGGGACGGUAUUGUGGAUCCGGGACCCCAGAGGAAGUCUACUCGGCCGGGGACGCCAUCGUUUUGAAGUUUCACUCCGAUGACAGCAUCAAUAAAAAAGGCUUUCACGCACGCUACACCAGCACAAAGUUCCAGGACAUGUUGCACACAAGCAAGUGAGUCAAACCUACAUGGAGGCUCCAACCCGUAACGUUCAGCCAGACUCACCCCUCUGCGGGCCACGACUGAACGCAUGGACUGACACCACAAACACCAGCCCGCAUACUUUACAUUCACAUCUGUUAGACGCAGUGACGCCACGCAGAAGAACUGCAUCUUUGUUUUUCUUUGUUAUAGAGCUACAUAGGAGGAGGGGGGGGCGACUAGUUUGCAGUGACUAUUUGGUGUAAAUUCAGUGACACGGUUCUGUGAUGAGAUGAUUAUGUCAUAGUACAUUGUGGAGAUAUAAAAUAUAUAUGAUAGUUUCCUUGUGUUUUUUUAAGAUGAUUUUUAAGGUCUCUUUUUACUGUCGGAGGUUAAAAUCACAUCCUCUCAUUCAAGGGGUUUCACCUGAGGUCAGGAUCUACCAGGCAGAAGCGAUCGCACGCUUCUUCCUGCCUCAGGUGGGAUCAUGUGACCUCUUGGUGGUGACUUGCUUUUAAACAGCGUAAAAAAAAUAGUGCUUGAGCAUCUACAGUGUGCAAUACUAAAGACACUGCUGUUGUGUUUAUUUUUGUUUUGGAAUUAGCAUUGGGGGGGGAAAAGUGUCAGAUGUUUUUACUGAAAUGUUUGAGUUAAAAAAGCUAAUUAAAACCACUUGUUCACAUAAAA